AUGGGACUAGGUCCGCCAAUCAGAUUCUCGAAAGUGGCAUAUCUUCACUCUGUACGUCUGUUGGAUAUUCGUGGAAGAAUAGAAACAAAUAUAUUGUCACCAAAGACAGAUUAUGCUGCUUAUUUGGUGUUCAAAUUGGUACGUACGUCCUGUGGACUUGAAUAUGCUAAUUCAAUUAUUAGGUUUGUUAAUUAUGAAAGUGAUACUGAGACUGAAAAACAAGCCAACACUGUGAAACUUGCGACAUCUCCAAAAUUGAGAGGAGAUGGAUGGAUGGAAGUAGAAUUGGGAUAUUUUAAUAGCAAGGAAGAUAGUGAUGGUCCUGUCGAAGCAAGAUUGAUGGAGAUUAAACGUCUUGAUGACAAAAGUGGCCUCAUUGUUGAAGGAAUUGAGUUUCGUCCCAAAUAA